AUGACUUGUAAGAAGGAAUCCCGGAAGGAGAGAAGAGAUAAGAGUAAAUGGAGUGGAGGCUGGAGAGACGAUGACGGAAGCGGGAGGGUCACACUAACCCCCUUUGGGCGAUGGACUCAUGACAUGGGCAGGGGAAGUGCUUUGGGCUGGUGCCUGGGCGUGGUGAAGCGCCAUGAUCGGACUGGUCGGAAGACACCCCUCCCGGCGUGCCUGGCGGCUGCAGGAUAG